AUGGCGCAAACAGACAUCUACAACCCUAAUUGCACCUUCUUCGGUGCCCAGUUGAGAGACGUCUUACAGGAAAAGUGCCCCAGCUUUAAAAGUAAACUCGAAGGCCGAAUCGGUGGAUUGAACAGGGCUCUACACAAGCUCAAUGAAUACAUGCAGCCAGUAGAGAUUGCGUCAGACGACGACAGGUGCUCCAGUGACUCUGUUCGAAUCGAACGCGUAAUAGAGAAAAUGGAGAAGGGUAUUAAAAAGCUCGAAGAGUUCAAAACUACAGCACUCACGGAGCUAGAUACCAUUUGCCGUUCAUCGAUAGCGUCAGUCCAGCUAGAACAAGUAGCCGAGAAAGAAUGGGCUCUUGGUCACUGGGGUCGAUCGAAAAAGCAGGCGGGCGACAAGCGGGGUCCUGUUCACUCCUUUUCUCUUCCAGACCCCGCUCCUCACCAGCCUGCUUUUUGGAUCAUCCCCAUUGAUGGAGAGCUAGGAACAGGCUACAUUGAACCACCACAUAGACAAUUCCAAAAUUAUGAUCUGAAAUCCUACUGUGUGAUCUUUGAAAUAAAGGUUGCCUUUUAUGAUGAAGAAAGAGAAAUAAUGGCACUGUGCAAUAACCCAUGGAUAACAGCACUGCAGUAUGCUUUUCACGAUAUCCACAAUCUGUACCUUGUGAUGGAGUACCACCCUGGCGGCGAUCUGUUGUCACUGCUAAGCAAGUAUGAUGAUGUCCUGGAGGAGGAUGUUGCACGGUUUUAUCUGGCAGAGAUGGUUGUGGCUAUUCACAGCCUGCAUGUGUUAGGUUAUGUGCACAGGGAUAUCAAGCCUGACAAUGUUCUUGUUGAUCGAACUGGACACAUUAAAUUGGCUGAUUUUGGUUCAUCAGCCAGGCUCUCAGCUGACAAGAAGGUGCACAGUAAGAUGCCUGUAGGCACUCCAGAGUACAUAGCCCCUGAAGUAUUGACCAGCAUGGAUGGAUCAGGAGGUCCGUAUGGUGUGGAGUGUGACUGGUGGUCGCUGGGUGUGGUUGCUUAUGAGAUGCUCUGUGGACAGACACCCUUUGAGGCAGACUCUGUUGUGAUAACUUACAGCAAAAUAAUGAAUUACAAGACGUCCCUGCAGUUUUUUAAGGAUGCUCAGGUCAGCAAGAGUGCAAAGGAUUUGAUUCUCAACUUGUGCACUGAUAGUAAAGCAAGGAUUGGUUAUGAAGGACUUGUAUGUCACCAGUUCUUCAGUGGCAUUGACUGGAACAACUUACAAGAAAGUGAGGUGAUGGGGGAAGGUUGGGCUGCUUCCCUUAGACGUACUCCAUCUGCCCUUUCCACCCCCAGCCCCAUGCCCAGUGACACCUAA